UCGACAUGGCUUGUUUCUGCUGGUGCAAAAAGGUAUGAAAUCAGGUCAUUUAAUCAAUUAACAACUACUAUAAUUCUGGAGUAGUAUUUUUCUCUUAAACCUAGUGGGAAGAAUAAAAGUAAAAUUACAUUCUGAUUGACGAAUACGUAAAAACUGUACAUGAAAUGUACACUCAAUGUAACCUGUCUAUACUAUGUUAUUUGAGGUUUAGGCUAGAUACCUAUGAUUCUCCAUUUAGGCGAACCUCUUCCUACUCUUAUGACCCCCCUCUUCCAUUGGCUGGGGAUCUCGGGGGGAAAGUAUUUAGCACUAUCACAUUUUCUUGUCAACAGAAAAAACGUCAGAAAGCAAAUUCAGUUGAUGUGGAGCAGAAGACAAGAAAGAAGAAGGAGAGGGGCACUUCAUCCCCCUCUCCAAUUCCAUCUGACCGUUCUGAACGGAAUGGCUCCGCUACCUCUGACCCCUCACCCUCUGACCAACUCUCCUCCCUCCAUCCACCUCCCUCUCCUGUUAAAUGUUCCUCUCAGCCUUGCUCUCCUGCUAAACAACCCUCUGUACCCCGGUCACCUGCCAAAAACCCUUCCCCAGUGAAAUCCUCUCCAGUGGUGUCCCACCCUAGUUCUCCCUCUCCUACCAACCCUCUGGACCGUCAUGGAGACACCAGUCAGGAGGGCACAACAGUCAGACCUCUGUCUCUUCAGGAACACUCUAGUCCAAUGCCCCAGAGACCAGUCUCAGCCACCAGAAGCAUGACUCUUCCCAGGGCCAGCUCAGCCACCAGAAGCAUGACUCUUCCCAGGACCAGCUCAGCCACCAGAGGGUCAGAAGAGACCCAGGGGGCCAGAGGAGAACGGGGGGAACUGGACAACAUGGAACUUCUUGGGUUGCCUAACAUUGGCAACACUUGCUUCCUUAACGCCACCCUGCAGUGCCUCCUGGUCCUGCCUUCCUUCUCAAAGGAAAUCCUGCACCAGGAACAACUCUGGAGCUCCUCCCCCUUCUCCAACCUGCUCAGGUGUCUGUCUGAUGUGCACCGUUCGGGUCUACCUGACAGUGGGGCAAACCAGGCCUCAAAAGCAGAUCUCAUGUGGAAGGUCAAGUACUCCUUGUCGGGAUACGAUUUGAAGUAUCUGGGGGACACGCAACAGGACGCACAUGAGUUACUUGUCAAUAUGCUGUGCCAGCUGAAGGAGGAGGGCAUGAUUCUGAAGACACUCGGGAUGAACUAUACCUGCCCUGUUUCCCAGCUGGAGUUCCAACUUGUGUCGGUGCGCACAUGUACCAGCUGUGGGCGCGAGUCGUCUACCAGAGAGGACUACAACCACCUCUCAUUGGACUUCAGCCCUGAGCGCACCUUGCUGAACAGCCUAGCACUCACUUUCAAAGUCAGCACUUAGGGCUCAGCCCUGCAUGUAGAGACUAACACCCAGGGCAAGCUGCCCACUGCCUCAGAAUACGCUAUCUUAUUAUUGUAGUGGUAUCAUUCAUUAUGUAAUGCUUUUGUUUCUAACCAGAGUGAACAGGUUGAAUUCACAUGUGAGGGCUGUAAGGGCCUCCACGCCUCAAAGGUGGAGCAGUUCCACUCACUGCCUCUUGUGCUGGUUCUGCAUCUGAAGAGGUUUGGAGGACCUGGGGGGUUGGAGAAGCUGGAGGCUCCUCUUUUGUUUCCUUCGGAGCUGAGGCUCUCCACCCUCUGUGGGGACAUGGUGCCACACCUGCACAGUGCCAGCCCACAGGCCCUCACCAACCAGGUCCCCAGCAUUCAGGGGUCCAUCCUCCAGACCCUCGCCAGCCAAGUCUCCAGCCCACCUGGAGAGGCCAAAGACAGCGCCCUCUGCUGUUCAGAAGCAGAAGCCAGUACAGUCAGUGAAUGGUUACUACCAGCUGACUGGCGUAGUCUCUCAUUUGGGAGGCUCCGCAAACUCCGGGCACUACAUUAGUGACAUAUUGCAUGCCAGUGGAAACUGGUUCUGCUGUAACGACAGCCAGGUGUCAAUGUCCAAUGAAGCCACUGUGCUGAGGACCAGAGCCCGGAGUGCCUACAUGCUCUUCUAUAUGUUCAGGUACUGCUUACUCUCGCCAUCUAUAUUCUUGUGUUGCUAUUUAUGUGUACGGUUCCUUUCACCCUACAGGGCAAUAGAGCGGGAGGCCCCAGCACACAGGGUCUAACAGGGCCACCAGCAUCAGCCCCAGCCUAAACAGGGGUAGCACCUGGACCAGCCUCCAAACACUCAGACCUGUCUCAACAGGGGUAGUACCAGGCCCAGCCUCAAAACCCACAGCCCAGCCUCAACACUCACACACCUGCCUCAAAAGGGGUAGCAUUUGGCCCAACAUCAACAACCCCGAACCCAGCCACAACAGGGGCAGCACUGGGUCCAACAUCAACACACCCAGCCCAGCCUCAACAUGGGCAGAACAAGACCCAGCCCCAACACCCUCAGACCUGCCUCAACAGGAAGAUUUAUCGUCUGGGAUUCAGGCCGGUCCUAACAGGAAACGUGACAAAGGGAAGCAGCUGUAAUGGAGCCUUCUAACACCCAAUCAGGUCUGGAGGAGGAAUGUCACAUGAAGAUUCAGAGAUACUAUGAGUAUCUUUUGAAGUUACUCUCCAGUUGUAUCCAUUUGAAUAAAUACAGACAUGAAAAUGCUGGGCUACGGAUGUGACCUUGGUUCUGUGAGUAGAGUAACGGGUCACCAAACAAGCUAUGGGAACUCCUUCCCUUUAUCGUGAUGUGAUUGAGAUGCUUAAUAUCAACGAUGUUUACAAUGACGCCACACCCUUACUGUACCAUUGUGACCUGUCACUAUUAAAGGCGGUGUGACGUGA